UGAGGCUUUUUUAUUUUUUUUUGUGUGUGAAGGUUUGAAUUAUUCUGGUUGGACAGCCAUUGGAGGCUUCUUGGAGACCUUGAGAUUUCUCCGUUUUUCUUGAAUAUGCCUUCAAAAACUACACAACAGGCAGUCCUCACAAACGAAUUCACAACCACCUUCAAUAAGAAUUGUGAGGACUGGCUCAAAAUAAAUGGUCUUGCCGUAGGCACCUUGGAGAAGAAGAGAGAUGAGAAUGAAGAAGAGGAGCGUCUGAAAACCGACUCUAAACUUCCGGACCAUGACAUCCACGGUUUCGAUAAUGAGAUCAAGUCAUUACAACACUUCUUGUUGGAUCAGAAGGUUAAAAGGGAGUUCAAGAGUCUUGUGAUUGUAGGAGAGUAUGGUGUUGGGAAGACAGCAUUAUGCCAGAAGAUCUUUAAUGAUGAAGCUGUCAAGAGUGUUUAUGCUCCCAGGGUUUGGGUUUCUAUGGCUAGCAAUGAAUCUACGGAGGAACUUAAUGGGAAGAUAUGCGUGUUGAAGAAGAUCUUGACAGGUCUUGGAGUUAAAGAUUCCAUCCUCGAAACUAUCUCUGCUGAUGCCAAACAAGAAUUUAAGGACAAUGCGGAAGUUGCAAGCAAUCAGGAAGCUGGAGAAAUUGAUAGAGAGACGGAGAAAGAGAAGGAGCUCUCUGCUCUGCUCUAUGCACUUCACUUGAAUCUGAGGUGGAAGAAAUAUCUGAUUGUGUUUGAUGAUGUCCGGGAAAUUGAUAACUGGGACGAGAAGCUCGAUGUGAAACUCAACGAUGAUGAGAAAUGGGGAAAGUUUCUUUCAGAUGGAUUCCCUAAAGGGUCCGGUGGGAGAGUCAUAUACACGACCAGAGAUGAGAAUCUGGCGAAGAAGCUAGUUUCUCGGAAACAUGAGAUCCAUCGUCUUUGGCCGCUCUCUGAUCAUCAGAGUGUCUGGAAGAUAUAUGAUGCUGUGGUUCAAAAGAGAGAGAAAGAGUCACCAAGGAACGACAAGAAAUGCAUAGAUGAGCUAAUGAACAAGUCCCGUGGUCUUCCUUUGGCUGCUAGACUGUUGGCCGAGCUUGAUCCCGUGUUUGUUGACGAUGAAGUUGUCACUGGCGGUUCUAUCCAUGGACAACCUGACGCAUCGAACAGCCAAACUGCAAACCAGACCAGCUCCUGAGAAGUGGAUAAACCUGACUCAGCCUCUUGGCUCAAGAUUGCUUAUCAUCAACCUUGCUUAUGUUUUCUUGAUUUCUUGUAUGUGUUUCUUGUUUGAUGUUGUCUGUCUGUCACUCUGUUGUAUCAAUAAACCAGAAUCUCUGAGUAGAGUUUCUUGAAUGCCAACAAUGUUUCUUGACCAAAGUGUUGAGGCUUAUCAGAAGAGACUAUUAAGAGAGCUUCUUUCCUUUGUA